ACAAUUCUGUUGGGGUUAAUCAGUAACCAGGAGGGGAGAGCGGAGCCUGGCUGACGGCUUAAAGCAAGGGAGCUGAGCUGGACACCGCAGACCUCCCUACCACGCCGCAUCAGCAGCAAACAGCACACACGAAGAAUCGAUCGGAUCGAAGGAAGGUAAAAUGCAGAAACUGCGGUCCCCUUCUCUUCUCCUACUAUUUUGCUGCUGCCUUUCAGGAAGCCAAGCAAACCGGGUCUACGUUCACCCAUUUUACCUCUUUGCUGCCGACAAUGUCAGCUGUGAAACCCUUCAGACGCAGACUUCCAAGUCACUGGAGACACUUCCUGUGGCCACCCUUGACAAUGAAGUGCAGACGCCUGACAGCAGGGACCCAUCAGACCAAGACGGGCUGAGGCAGAACAUCACCCAGAGGACAGCAGUUCUGGCAGGACUGUCCGACGCUCUUGGCCUCAGGAUGUACCAAGCUCUUAGCAGCGCGCAGAGCAGCAUCAAUACCCUCCUGUCUCCAGUCAACACCUUCGGCUCCCUCAUCACCUUCUACAUGGGCGCCUCAAAGAAGACGGCACGCUCAUACCAGCUCUUAUUAGGCCUGAACAGACACACUGAUGGAGCGGAUUGUGUGUCAUUGGUGGACGGGCACAAGGUCCUGAGGACCCUUCAGAGCAUCAACUCUCUGGUAGAUGACGGACCCAAAGACGAGAUCGACACCCAGGUGUGGGCCUUCGCUCCUCAGGAUGCUCGCCUUUCAGAGGACUUCAUUAAGGGCACACAAGACUUCUCCGACACAUCCUUCAUCCGUGGCGUGGACUUCUCCAGGCCCCAGAAGGCAGAGGUGCUGCUGAACACCUUUGUAGAGAAGACGUCAGAGGGAAGGGUGAAGAGACUGUUCAGUGAUCUGAGCUCCAGCACCAACCUGCUGUUCAUUAGCUCCAUCAGCUUCAAAGGUAACUGGAAGACAGCCUUCCAACCUGAGAAGACCACCCUGCAGGCCUUCCAUGUGGAUGAAGCAACAAUUGUUAUGGUUCCAAUGAUGACCCAUACGGGUCAGUACCAGUACUUCAACGACAAGAAAUUGCAGUGCACAGUGGUGAAGCUGGCUCUGAGCAAGCGCUCCUACAUGUUGCUGGUUGUGCCUCAUGAAGGGGCCAGUCUGGAUGAUAUCGGAGCAAAGCUAAACAUCGACGUCAUCUCUGACUGGCACCGGGACCUCAAAGAAGGUCUGUUGGAGCUAUCUCUGCCCAAGUUCUCCAUGUCAUCUGUGAAUGAACUGCAUGACUUGCUGACGAAAAUAGAUCCAGAGGUUGAGACUGAACUGCUGGGCUCCAGAGCUGAGUUUGAUCGACUCACUACCACCAAACCCUUCACUGUAGAUAAGGUGUUCAACAAGGUGUUGUUCGAGAUGUCAGAAGAAGGCAGUGAAACUCAGAACACGAGCCCGGAUGCAGGCGUGCCAUUGAAGCUUUCCAUCAACCGGCCAUUCUUUUUUUCUGUCACAGAGGGAAACUCUAACGCCAUCCUCCUGCUGGGCAGGGUUUCCAAUCCUGCACUUUAAAUUCGUAUGGUGCUCGACAUAACUAUAAAUGUAACCACUGAAACAACGUAAAAUGUCCGUCAUACCAACCCAACUGUACAAAAAAAAAUGAAGGUUUUAAUUUCCAUUGAUUGAAGUCAGUUAGUCUAAGGAAAACGUUCUUAGGCCAUCCACUAGGCUUUUAACUCAAUUUAUGUGUGUAGGGGGAAUAAAGCACAGCCUCUCCUAGAACGAUUAAUGAAUCUUCUGCAGUAUUUUGUUCAACAGUCAUUUUCCACAACACAACUGAUCUCUCCCAUAGACUUGUGGUGUAAAUGGGUGAGAGGUUGCAGAUACUUGAUCCAUCUGUCAGUAUUUAUCAAAAUAUGUUGCUGUGGACGGAGUCGACCCGAGCAGCAUGUUGAAAGCGAAUGUCUCAUCUGUAAAGUUUAUUAUAGCAGUGUUCUGUACAGUAUGUGUCGUAGAGUAGGCAGUAGACAUGAUUCUCUAUGACAAAUGACCGAUACUUUGUAUAUUGUUGUUAAGUAAGAGUUUAUUUUUGUUUCGUUAUAAGUUGUAAUCGCUUAAAUAAAACAUUCAUUCUCAUUUUAA